GCACAUGAUCGAGCAAAGGAAACCUUCGUUGGUCUUUGACGACCCCAGAUCCGAGUGACGCGAGGAAGGAGAUGAGCCAUGCAGCUCGUGCUCUUCCCAACGAAACCAACACUCGGAUCAUCAAAAGGCUAGCCUGCCGACUUUGUCUUUUUCUUUCUUACUUUUUUUUUUCCUUUUGUGCCUUUGAUAACGUGGCAUCGAACAAGUUAAUCCUCCAGCUACUAACUAAUCGUCAGUGGAGGCAGCCACUGCGCACAAGUGCUCGACCUCUGUGCUGCCCUUGCUUGCCGCAACAGAGACAGAGACAGAGAUGUUUGACGUGUGGAGUGUCGUGGGAUGGUGGGACAGGUGGCAGCUGCGCGUCCUCGUCCUCGGCAGCCUCGGCAUCCAGUGGUUUCUGCUGGUGGCUGCCCCCAUGCGCAAGUACACCAUCCGCCCCGGCCUCAGGCUAUGCAUCUGGCUUGCCUACAUCAGCAGCGACGCUCUGGCCAUCUACGCGCUCGCCACCCUCUUCAACCGCCACGCCAGGGCGACCAGCAGCAGCAGUUGUGACGGCGGUGCCAACAGCAAGGCGAGGAUCCUGGAGGUCCUCUGGGCUCCUGUCCUGCUCAUCCAUCUCGGCGGGCAGGAGGAGCUGACCGCCUACACCAUCGAAGACAACGAGCUGUGGACACGGCACACCGUGACCCUCGUGUCCCAGGUCGCGGUUGCCCUCUACGCCUUCUACAAGUCCUGGCCCAACCCCAGCGACUGGAAGCUGCUGGCGUCCGCGAUCCUGCUCUUCAUCAUCGGGGUCGUCAGCUUCAGCGAGAAGCCAUGGGCGCUCAAGAAAGCCAGCAUCAACAGGCUGGCGUCUGUGUCGGCCACGAUACAGGGGACCAAGAAGCGCACGAGGCUGGCGGUGUACUUGGACGAUCUUCUCUUCUCCGAUUGGUACAGCUGCUCCAGAGCCACCGAGAAGAGUAGCAGCAGCGGUAGUAGCCUCCCCGCAGCCGCAGCCGCGGCAGGUGUGGGUUGGCACGACUGCUUCUCCUUCACCGAGCCGAGCAAUAAGGGGCACGGCGAUCAUGUGGGCUUGUCGGAGGCAGAUAAAGUCUACAUGGUGCUCUCGGACAUGUCGCUGUCCGCGGCCGCCGACGACCUUGUGCUGCGAGGCAGGGCUCGAAAUGUGGAGGAUGUUCUUCGGCCCCUGAGCACCAAGGCGGAGCAGGCACUCAAGCGCUGGCUGCGUGGCGCGUUUGGGCUCAUAUACACCAGAGCCAACCUGGUCUUCACUCGCACGUACCUGGUGUACCAUGUGCUGGUGGUGCCGAUCCUGCACGUCGCCGCCCUCACGCUGUUCGCGACGAGCGACAAGCACGGGUACGACCGCACCGACGUGAAGAUCACGUACGUCCUCCUGUGCCUCACCGCCGCGCUGGACGUCCUUGCGGUGUUCGUCCGCCAGCUGCUGUACGGGGCCAUGUCCGCCAAAGGUGUCCCGGCGCUGUGCGAGACGGUGCCAGGCUACAACCUCGUGGACGCGGUCACCCGGCGGAGGCAGAAGGACAUUGGGUGGCUGUUCAGGUGCGCCGCCGCCAUGGGCUGCAAGGAGGAGUACUUGGAGUACUGCAAGUGCGGCGGGGGGCAGCAGCACUACACACUGUACAAGAAUGUGUCGAAGAUGGUCCUUGCGGAUCUGGUGGACGCACAGGGCCGCGACCUCGCCAACUACAGAGUCUUCACGGUGCCCUACGCAUCACCUGCAAGCACUGCUGCCGGGCCGGCCGUGGAGCAGCAGCGCGCAUCGCCAGCAGGCGCGGCCAACUGGGCUCUCAGCGAGGAGCAGCAGAAGCUGUGCGGCCGCAAGGUCCGGGACACCCUGCGUGGGUCCUUCGACAGGAGCGUCCUCGUCUGGCACAUCGCCACCGACCUCUGCUUCCGCAUGGAACAAGUUCCUCCUGACGCCGACAAGGAAGAAGACUCGCACUGGCUCCGCAUCAAGUGCACGGAAGCGAUAUCCUGCUACAUGGCUCGCCUGCUCGACUCCCACCCCGACAUGCUGCUCACCGGCAGCAGGCGGCACCUGGUCAGCGAAGCCUUGGAUGAACUCGAGUCCAUCUUUGACCGCACCAUGGUAGAUCGCAGCGGCAAGCCACCGGGCAAAGACGACCUGCACAAGAUCAUCGACGACGUGGCGCGGGUACGUUUCCAGGUGCCCGUCGGCGUCGCUCAUGGAGCUGCAGACGACGACGGGGAGGAGGCGGUACAGUCUUUCUUCCACAUCCCCGAGGCAUGCGGGCUUGCAAUGGAGCUGCUGCAGCUUGAAGCGUCCACGCGCUGGAGGGUGAUGUAUCGGGUGUGGCUGGGCAUGCUCUUCUACUCCGCCAGCAUGUGCAGGGGCUACCUGCACGCUAAGAGCUUGGGUGAAGGUGGCGAGUUCCUUUCCUACGUCUGGCUCGUCCUCUCGCUCAAGGGGGCCAAGACCCUGGCCGACAAGCUUCAGAUGUUGGAGGUGGAAGGGGACGACAGGCAGGGACGAAGGCAAGGACGAAAGUGGGUUGAGAUGCGGAAUGAGGAGCUUCAGAUUCGGGGAGACGACAGGGAGCCAGCACCCCGAUCGAUGCCCACCACUAGCAGCUUGUUUCAAACCUGAUCAAAUCCUCCAAUCCAAUCGCCGAUGCCAUGAUUUUACUAUAUAUCAAUUCUCCUGUUUGUUUGUUCGUUUAAUUUCUAGCCAGCGUUCUCCGACCCAACUACUGGCCGGUUUGUUUGUCGCCUUGCCUUUGUUUAAUAAGCUCAGCCCCUCACUUUGAAUCAA